GACGGCAUCGUCGUGGAAUCAUCUGGAGAGUCCCACCAGGAACAUGAGCAGUCCUCGGCACUCGCCCCCACAACUAGAUCUUCCCGCAAUGAGUUUGUUGAUCCAUUGGGCGAAAAGACUUUUCCCGUGGCCCUGGAAGGCUUAGAAAUGACCUCCCCUCCGUCGUACACGGCGACAACUCGGCGAGCGGGUCGGACGCCUUACCGUCCAUUUCUCAGCGAGCCACCAGAUCCGCUCACUCUCCGAGCGGUGAAACCGAAGCCGGGUCCUGGUGCUUGUGCCUUGCACUGCUCCAUGAUGUGA